GAGCGUGAUGUGGAAGCAACUAGUGUUGGCGGCCGCGCUGACGGCUGCCCUGGCCGCGGCGGCGGCCCCGAAGGCGGCCACGGCCCCCCUCGCCUGCCCCAAGCAGUGUCAGUGCGCCGAUGAGCGGCCACAGGAGUGUCCCCAACAGCGGUCACUCGUGGCCAGGCCAGACUGUUUCCAGUGUUGUGUCGUGUGCGCCCGAGUGGCCGGCGAGGAAUGCGGCGGCAGCCCGGAGGCCGUGUGCGACGCCCACCUCCACUGCGUGGACAACAAGUGCAAAGAGUUGCCAAGACUGUUGUGGCCGUCGUCGGAGCCAAUUGAGAUUCUGCACGUCGCUCCGAUCAACAGCGAUGGCGUCGAAAUUUUCAUUAGAAUUCCUGAUGGAGCGGCCGAGGUGGCCAAGUCGAUUGAAAUUCAACAGUAUGCGGUGCCCACAAGUCCUCGGAAUCGCGUCAAAAUCACGCGAAAAUCGCCCGCCUGGGACGAACGCACUUUCGUCGUCCAGGUCGAAGGUCUUAAAUGGAAAGAAUUGUACCUGACGGUUGUUGCCGGCGAGUUCAGGUCGCCAGGCUUCAAAGUGAACCUUAACGAGAAGCUCCCCACCAUGAGAAAACUGCUUUUUGCCGAACCUGACGAAGAGGAAACAAAUAAACCUGAGGCCACUCCGUGUAUGUACGAAGGCAAGGCUUUCAAUCCAGGCGAGGCUUACCUGAGCACCAACUGCAGCGAAAGAUGCGAAUGUGACGGAAAGGGAAUCUUCAAGUGCGAGCCAACAAAUGACGAAACUUCCUCUGCCUGCUCCAAAGUUACUGAUAUUGGAGCUGAAAUGCUUUCCGUUGUUGAUUCAACCAAUGACACCCUAACCGUGCGGUGGCGCGGUCACCAAGGAAUGAUUCUGCAGUACAGAGAAGAGGGCACAAAUGACCCAUGGCAGCGAACGGAUCGUUUGACCCCCGACGGCACCCAAGAACCGGCCACGAUUGUCAUCUCAAACCUCAACUCUGUGACCACUUACGAAGUUCGCACCCUUUUGCCUGGUCAGGAGGAAGGGCGAUCGGCCAGGGGUGAAGACUUGCCCACCAAAGGCACCACCAAGCCCUUGAAUGAGCACCAAGAAUCCGGUUUCUGUGUUGUUCUAGGCAAAAAAAUCCCAAGUGGAGAGGAAAUUCCAAGCGGCAGCGGCACCUGCAGCGAGCAAAAGUGCAUUUGCCAGCCGGGGCAGCCACCGAUGUGCCGUCAGAGGUGCAGCGUGCCCUUCUUCAGACGCGGCGCCUUCAGCCAGGACGACCUGUGCACCGAGAAACCUUCCCCGGAAGACGCGUGUUGCGUCAUUCUGCAGUGCACUGACCAAGACGCGGAGGGCACAGGCACCGAUCCUUGCGAUCAGUGCUCCGAAAACACCGAUUGCCACAAGGCGGCCGUUCAGACCGACGAGGCUCUGUGCAUGUGCAAGGAGGGCUUCGUUGGCGACCCCUACGACAAAAAGAGCGGCUGCAAGCCCACGGCGCCGCUGCUCGCCACUAAAGAGCUCAAAAAGUGCUUCUACAAGAACAAUUCUUAUUCGAUGGGCCAACUUUUCUACGACGGCUGCAAACAGAAGUGCACCUGCAACAACCAGGCUGAAAUUCAGUGCGAGCCUCGUUGUCCGAAAAUUUCUGAAAAAAUGUCCGAGGGUUGCCAGAUGGUGACCAACCCUGAAGACGUCUGCUGCAAAAUGAUUAAAUGUGAUGAUAAAUCAGAAAAAUUAACCACAGGAGUUACAUAUACUGAGCAAGGUACGCCGGUGAAAGGCUGUGUGUACAAAGAAAAGUUGUACAAGAAAGGUCAGACCUUUGUUGACGGAUGUGAGAAGAAUUGCACUUGCAGCCAAAACGGAGACGUUAUUUGCAAGGCGAGGUGCAGUCCGCUUGAGCCCAAUCCAUCUGACAAGUGCGUCACAGUGCCCGACCCGAGUGACAUUUGCUGCACCAAAAUUUUGUGCGACGUGGGCGAAGAGAGCAACGAGAGCCGAAAUCCUCCAUCGAGUAUAGAAGCAGAGGAUGCGGAAGUGAAGGGAAUUGACAUUGAUGGGGUCAAGGCUUUCAACAGCUCCUCGGCCAGGCUAAUCGCCCACUUGCCAGGCAACAUGACGUGGCAGCAAGGUAUUCCGGAGCUUGCUGUUUUUUACACCAAAGAUCCCAACGGGCAUUGGAGCAAGGCGCCAGUCAUUAGCACCAACCCAGGUGUCAAAUCUGACUUGGAAAUUUACGCCAGCGGACUGCCGUCUGGAAAGAUUUACUUGAGAGUUGAAAAUGGAGCACUGAAGAGCAAGGACUUUUCUAUCACUCUCCCUGAUUCACCCACAGGUUCCACUCCCGGCAAAGAGUGCGAUCAUAACGGCAAAAUCUACAAAUUGAAUGAGGAAUUCCACAACGGGUGUGAAGAGUACUGCGCCUGCACAAAAACUGGCAUCCAGUGCGCCACCAUUGAAUGCCCGACUGACUUUGCUCUUGAUGUUUUGGACCCUUAUUGUCUUGAUUGGGAAAAGGAGCCUGGAUUUGUUGCUGUACCACCACGGUGCUGCCCUGAUAUGAUUUGCAAAAGCAACGGAACUUGUCACUAUAAGGGUGAAUCGUUUGACAACUAUGCGGAGAUUCCAACCAAAAUCACCGGCUGCGAGCAGCGAUGCUACUGUGAGUUUGGAAACGUGACCUGCAGCCCCGCUUGUCCUCCAGUGCCAGCGACCCCUCCACUCACCAUUGGCUGUGACCCUAGCGAGGCCAGACUGAGCCACUUGCCAGGAGAGGACUGCUGUCUUUACUGGCUGUGCCCGCAACCGCAGGGCGCCGGCCAGAAACCACCCCUAGGUGAUGCAAAAGGACACGAUGAAAAUGACACGACAAAACAGACUGAAACGGCCAAUUUCAUGCCCACCCCUGUCCCAGACGAACCCUCCACAAAGACCAAAGACAAUAAAAACAGCAAAUCAAAAACACCCCUGGUCCUCAACCCUGACCUGCAGACAAAGAAACCCACUUCUUCCUUGGAGCCAAUCGACCCAUCAGUGCCGCCGACGCCGUUCACCCCUCCAAAAACCAAAACCACUGAACCGUUUUUGGGCCCCUACGCCCCUGACUACAAGGAGUCGCCGUUUUCAUUCCACGGAGAACCGGUCGAGCAUGGCUACAUCAAUCGUCCGCCGGCUGGAGGCGGCAAAGCCCCUGUGCAAAAGCAGCAACCCCACAUCGACCCUCACUUUUUGGAAGAUCUGCUCAAGGGCAACUGGAACCAGGGGCAGCAACCUCCUCCCCUCAGAGGCCACCCUGAUGAAAACAGACAAACGGUCGUUGGUCAGAUUCCACCCCAUCUGCUGCAAACCGUGAACCGAAACCCGCAAGGCGCACCCCUGCCGGUGGACAGUGCCGGAAGACCGAUUUUGUCUCCGAUCGCAGCUCACAUCGAGCAGCACUUCCAAAACCACCCUGGCCGACCUCAGGGCCAUCCAGGGCACCCUGGGCACUUGAACGAGGCGCCACCGAACGAUUACGACGAGCACUAUAUUCUGCAAAACGGGCAACUGAUUCCCUUCAAUCCGGCCCAGUUCCAACCUCAGGACCCGCAAGGCGCCCGGAGGCCGCCGCAGAACUUCGGUGGACACGUCCUGGUCUCAAGAAACGACACGCAGUUCACUGACCCUGACGCUCUCUCCUCUAAUUCGCACGAAAAGACACCUGACAAAGCAAACGCUCCAUCAAAUUUGCCAUUCCCCUCAGUCAACACUAAUGAGAUUACCCUUUUGCCACCAAUGCCGUUGGGGCCCCGCGCGGUUCGACUUAUCUUCCAAGUGCCCAGAGUGUACAUUGGUCUGAACGGCAAGGUGGAAGUUCGAUACACUGACGGCUCACGGGACAUAAACGACCCGUCCAAGUGGGAAAGGGCGAUGACGGAGACGGACGAGUUGAUCGACGGCGUGCAGAUGGCCCAUGAAGUUUCCGGCCUGAAGCCAAACACCGAGUACCACUUCCAAAUUGCGAUCCACGUGCGCGAGUUGGGCUCGAUGGUGAGCCACGUGGCGAUCGUGCGAACGCCGCACGACGUGGCCUCCGCGGGUCCCCAGGUGAUUCCAGUCGACGCCGGCCUGGCCGUGUCACAGGUCAACGCGACCUGGAUCAAGGUGUCAUGGCGUAAGUUCUCUGAAGACGAGCUGCAGUUCAUCGACGGCGUGCAAAUUCGCUACAGGGAGCGCGGCUCGCAAUUGUUCCAAUCGACGCCGCUCAUUCACAGGCUGGUUGACUCGUACCUGCUUGAGGACCUCAACCCGGGCACCGAGUAUGAGAUCAACAUCAUCUUCGUGCCCUUCUUGGGUCAGGACACCGAACUGCAGGCCAUGAGAUCAGUUCAAGCUACCACAGGACCUCCCCAGGCUGACCCAUACGGCUUUGACCUCGCGGUGCACGUGGCCAUGGUGAAGGCGAACAGCGUCGAGUUGAGCUGGACAGGGGUGCCGAAUCCCGAGGACAAAUAUGUCAACAUAUUCCGGGCCAUCUACCAGAGCGACGUCGAGGCCAACAAGCACGAGCUGAGCUCCACUUUCAAGCUGGCCAAGCGCGACAGCGUCUCCAACCGCACCCGCACCGUCAUCCAGGCGCUCAAGCCCAACACCAGGUACCGCAUUUGGCUGGAGGCGUACUUGACAAACGGCAAAGUGAAGAGGAGCGACGUCAGAACUUUCACCACCAAGCCUGGUCUGCUGCCGUCGGCGGGCGCCUCCGAAAGAGUCGCCGAAGAACCCCGCGGCGAUUAUUACGGCGCACUCGUGGGCGUCUCGGUGUUUGCCGCGCUGGCGGUCGUCGCGCUCGUCAUCCUCAUGAUGAUCAUGGUGCGCCGCCAACACUCAGUCACUGCCAACAUCACCUCCAGGGGCAAGUCGGAGGCAGCCUUUGACAACCCUUCCUUCAAGAAUUCAGAUGAGCCUGCUGUAGUCACGAAUGGUUCUUCCAAAAGAACGGCGCAAGAGGAUGCCUAAUUAGAAAAGUACUGCCACCAAUUGAUGAAACCUUGCUCAUGCUGGAGACGAAAUUUCAUCGACCCAAAAGUGAAUUUUGAGAACAAUUUAACAUUUGUUAAUUAAGGAUUGUGAUGAAGGAACAAAUGAGUCGCUCUAUAAGAUUUUUCAUUCAUUUUUUCUCGUUUGGAUAUAUAUUUUGUGAUUGCUGUUUGACUGGUGUUGAUUGUUUUUUUUUU